GAUAAAUCAGUCGCAUCCUAGUGCGGCAGCGGGAUACAGAUUUUGCGUCGCAUGCCAUCGGACAUUAGAGCGCAUCUCUAUCAAGAGGACGACUCUGAAGCUGUUCUGGCUGGUUGAAUGGGUGACUUUCUUCUGUCUGGUUCAAUGGGGGACUUGCUCGGAACGAAACACGUUUUGGACUAGAACAACCACCGAUGAGGACAUAAAAGAAAGUUUCGCUCGCAAAAUAAAUAAUUUAAGUUAAAGAAAACGUGGGAUAGAUUGAGUACCGCAAAUACUGUUACUUGGUCUUAGUUGAAACUUCAAUUGAUAAAAUGUUUCUAGUCGGAGGGAGAUGUCUGACAAUGCUAAUCGUUUUAGUACUUGUCAUUGGGUUGGUGAUUAGCUUUCCCACCAAACACCACAAACUCCACAACGGUGUUUUUUUGGAGGAUCGUGCUCAGCUGCCCAUCAGUGGGGUCCAUCAUGGACCGGAGGCCCUGGAGCAGCAGAACCAGGUCCAGAGCCUCCUCCCCCCCGUCACUGAGCACCGCCACAAGAGGAGGUGGUCCCACUCCCAGCACCGCUCCGUAGGGGUUCUGCCCCAGCCAGAGCCUGAGGAGGAGAUCAAGCCCUUCGUUCUGGACCUGAAGAACUUCCCUGAACUGGCCAACGCAGACAUCAGCUCUCAGAACCCCAACAUCCAGGUGACCAUAGAGGUGGUGGAUGACCCUAACAUGGAGUUAGAGAUGGAUCUGGUCAAGGACUGGAUCCCCCCGUCCUCCCCGUCCACUGUAGAUCGGCCGGGGGGUAAGAAGCUGUUCUGGCCCUUGUUCUGGGGAUACACAGACGCUGACUCCAGCGAGGAUGGGACGGGCCGCUCAGGGCCGGAGGAGACUGGAGAGGAAGAGGAGAAAGAGGAGGAAGGGGAGGAAGAUUACCUGUUGGAGUAUGGUAGCGAAGAGCCCCUCCCCAGCGGAGUUGGAGGUGACUGGGACAGUCGCUGGAACGAGGGUUGGGACGCUACGCAGAGCCACUAUGAGGAAGAAACGGAGGAGUGGAGUGCCUGGUCUCCGUGCUCUGUCACCUGUGGUCAUGGAGAGAGGGAAAGGACCCGGUCCUGUGGUUACUCCUGCACCCUGACAGAGGCCUCCAAAUGUGACAUGGAGCCUUGUCCAGACGAUGGCAACACUGUGGCUGAACCUUUCCCCUUCCAGAUGGAGAAUGGCACUGAAUCUUUUGGCACAGAUGUGGACACCUGUGAGAAAUGGCUGAACUGUAAGAGCAAAUUUCUCCAGAGGUACCUCAACCAGGUCCUGUCAGAACUACCCAGCUGCCCCUGCACUUACCCCUCGGCCACCCCCUACACCGUGGUCAGCGUCUUCGACGAGGGACACGGCCGGACCUUCCGUUGGCGUGACGCCAGCGGCCCUAAAGAACGCCUGGACAUCUACAAACCCUCGGCGAGGACUUGCAUCCGCUCGUCCCUCUCCGGCGACGUCGCCACGCUCGCUGCGCAGCACUGUUGCUACGACAACCGCGGCCGUUUGAUCACGCGGGGGAAGGGUGCGGGAACGCCCAACCUGAUCAGCACGGAGUUCUCCCCGGAGCUCCACUUCAAGGUGGACGUGCUGCCCUGGAUCCUGUGUAAAGGGGACUGGAGCCACUUCCACGUGGUGCGGCCGCCCAACAAUGGGCUGGUCUGCCCGGAGAACCCCCACCAGGACGUGUUCAUGAACGAGCUGGAGGAGGCCCGGGAGUACUGAGAACGCAGGCAGCUAAAACUACACUACCCAGAAUGUGCCAGAACAGUGGGGUCCAAUCCUAACUUGAGAAGAGGGAGUAGGACUGUUUUGCAUUGCAUUGAAGUCAAUAGGAGGUUUGGGGAUUGUGAAGUUUAGGUGCAAGUUAGGAUUUGGCACAUUAAACAUCAUGCAACCAGGCCCAACAGAACAGAACUUAAUUGAACUGAACAAUAAAAAGACGCAGUCCUGCCGACAUG